AUGGAGCAUAAAGAGAUGUUAAUGGAAUUAUAAAAUCUAAAAGUAGUUGUAUUUGGAUGAUACUGGAAUAAUUCAAAGAUUAAAAAAUACGCAGAUAUAACCUACAUUUUAAUAGAAUGCUCUUCUAGAUUGAAGUCAUACACAUCAGAAGGAGUUAAAUGUCUAGUUAAAGUGAUCUGUAAAAGUUUCAAGACCUAAUCCGUUUGCAGUUUCGCAAAUGAUACUGAAAGAGCUAGUUUCUUCUGGGUUGCAGUAAAUGGUUCAGGAAUUUGCAGAAUUAAGGUCUGCUUUGAUAUUCCAAAAAGAAAAACAGUUCAAGCAAGUUAAAGAUACCAAAUUGAGUUUCAAAUAGAGCUGCUUGCAUUUUCAGAGCCCAUUAAUCAACAUAAACAAAAAAAAUUACUUGAAAUUCCCUAAAGCAUUUGA